AUGUCAACAUCGGCCCAACCAUCCAGGUUUCAGUCGCGCGGGUUUGAGACUUCGGUUGAUAUUGCCCGUCGUCAAACCUACCAGGUGGCUCCCGUCGCAGGAAUCAAAAGGCCAGCAGAAACGAGAGGCGCUGAUGUCACAGAGCUCAAGAGUGAGGCUGUGGUGGAAGGUGCACUCCAACAUAGGCCGAGGUCUCUUGUUGAUGAACUAGAAGAAUCGGGAUCUUUGGAAUCCGCAAGGGCCUCGCUUGUCACCCCGCCCAAUCGAUUUCAUCCUAGUAAGAUCCGUUCUGGUCCUGGCGCGAGCGUCAGGAACGAAAAUGAGCCCAAGGCUUGUCAGAAAGAUGCUGCACCUCCCAGUGCCAGUCAGAACCCAUUGUUAUUCUUGUCCAACGCCAAGUAUGGGCUGCCGCCGGCGCUUAUUGCUAAUUUUGCGGCUCUCGGCGUCAAAAGUAUCUAUCCAUGGCAGGCAUCGUGUCUCCUUGCACACGGACUGCUCUCGGGCGAGCGGCACUUAGUCUAUACAGCUCCCACCGGCGGUGGCAAGUCCCUCGUUGCCGAUGUAUUAAUGCUGAAACGAAUUAUCGAGAAUCCCACGCGCAAGGCGUUGCUGGUGCUUCCCUACGUCGCACUUGUUCAGGAGAAGCUAAAGUGGAUGCGUCGUAUCACGGAAGGCGUGGAAAGAAAUGUACAAGACGAUCAAGAAGAUCAUAAUGCACCGUUCCCUCGUAAACGAUGGAAGAAAUUGCAGAAACAGAUUCGAGUCACCGGAUUCUUUGGAGGCAGCCGGACCACGGCGACAUGGGCAGACACUGAUAUUGCCAUUUGUACAAUAGAGAAGGCCAAUUCUUUGAUCAACACUGCCAUCGAGGAGUGUUCAAUUGGCCAACUAGGCGUGGUGGUGUUGGAUGAACUACACAUGUUGGAUGAUGAGCAUCGCGGCUAUCUACUAGAAUUGAUGGUGACGAAGCUGCUCCUGCUUCAACAAGACAUUCAGAUCGUCGGUAUGAGCGCAACGCUUUCAAACACGGAAAUGCUUGCGCAAUGGAUGAAUGCCAAGUUCUUUAUUUCAACUUAUCGUCCCGUUCCAAUUGAUGAAUAUCUUGUCUACGAGAACGCUGUCUAUCCGGCAGCAACUUCGAGGCAAUUGUUUCACACGGCUUCUAAAUUAACAGCUGCAAACUCAUCGGCACUGCACACAUCUGUCCCACCGGAAAGAUUGAUCGAUGUUUCCGAGCACAAAGAGCUGAGCAAUGCUGCCACGAACGCGAUGGUCGCCUUAGCCGUUGAAACGGCGUCCGCAGGUUAUGGGGCCCUAGUCUUUUGCAGCAGCCGUGGAGCAUGUCAGAUCCACGCUGCGACGAUUAGCGAGGCAAUGCCGAGUUUGAGAUCUGACGACACCGAAGAGCUGAACAAGCGCUUGGAUUUACUGGCAGAGCUACGAAGUCUUGCUUGUGGACUUGAUCCUGUUCUGGAGAAGACAAUUAUAAAGGGCGUGGGAUUUCAUCAUGCUGGCAUGACAACCGAGGAGCGAGAGCUCAUUGCACAGGCCUAUGAUCAAGGUGUACUGAGAGUGUUGGUAGCCACUUGCAGUCUUGCUGCCGGCGUGAAUCUCCCGGCACGAAGGGUGAUCAUUAACGGGGCGCGGAUGGGGCGUGAGCUAGUUGGGCCGGCAAUGUUCCGGCAAAUGUGCGGACGUGCAGGUCGCAAAGGGAAAGACGACGCUGGCGAAACAUAUUUGAUCUGUGUCAAAUCAGACCUCGAAGCCGUGUGCGAUCUACUCGAUGCUGAUAUGCCGGCGAUCGAGAGUUGUCUGGCUCCUGAGAAAAGGGGGUUGAAGAGGGCACUGCUUGAAGCAAUAGCGACGGGGCUAGUGUCUGGUGCUGAAGCGAUCAAAGAUUAUGUACGCUGUACACUCCUCUAUCGGACGUUGGACAAAAGGAUAGUCUAUACGAUCAUGAAUUCUGCCUUGCAGGAACUGAUCAAUGAAGCUCUUUUGCUUUACAAAGAUGACGAGUCCUAUGAGGCGACAUUACUGGGUCAAGCUGUGGUCGCUUCGGCCUUUUCCCCGGAAGAUGGCCUCUUUGUUCACGAAGAGCUCAAGCGAGCACUGCAAGCCUUUGUCAUGGACGGCGAUAUGCACAUCUUUUACAUGUUCACGCCAUUUCAAGUCGCCAUGAAUUCUCCCAUUGACUGGCCAAUAUUCCGUGACCAAUUAGAUCGAUUGGAUGAGAGUGGGCUUCGCGCGCUGCAGUUUGUUGGUGUACAGCCUGGGUUUGUGAACAACAUGGUACAAUCGGGUGCUCCGCUCAGAGAGAAAACGCCAGCUCAACAACUCCAGGCCCGCAUCUACCGCCGAGCAUACACAGCCUUCCAACUGCGCGACCUCAGUAACGAAGUCCCCCUCUCUACUAUUGCAUCUCGGUACCGUAUUCCGCGAGGUACGGUUCAAACUCUCGCGCAACAAUGCCAUGGCUUUGCUGCUGGAAUUGUCAAGUUCUGCCAGCGCAUGAACUGGGGCAUGAUGGCCGCGGUACUGGACCACAUGCGUGACCGACUCGAAGCAGGGGCGCGUGCAGACUUACUUGAGAUGGCGCAAGUGACCUAUGUCAAGAGCUGGACUGCGCGAUGUCUUCGGGAAAAUGGAUUCCGAAAUCUGCGAGCGCUGGCGGAGGCUGAUCCGAAGGACUUGGUUCCCGUGCUCAUGAUGGUCAAUCCGCGUAAAACACAAAGAAAUCAACUUUAUCCAACGGAAGCCGAACGUUACGCCGCCAAGCUCCUGAUAAAGGCAGAGACUAUUGUUGCCUCUGCCAGCAAGAUCUGGGCGCGUGAGAUGCAGGUCGAAGUAGAACAAUAA